AUGAGGUCUGGUGACUUGUUAGUAGAAGUCAACACUCGAAAACAAGCCCAGAACAUACAAAAGCUGAAAGCGUUAGCAACAAUUCGAGUUAGUGUCACUCCACACCAGUCACUAAAUUCAUCCAAAGGUGUAAUUACCUGUGGUGAAAUUUUCAAUCUUCCUGUCGAAUUAAUCACAGAGGAGAUGAAACCUCAGGGAGUAAUAAAUGUAAAACGCAUUACCAUCAAGAGGGAUGGUGAGAUAAUUGAAACAAAGCACCACAUUCUGACAUUCAAAUCACCUAAAUUGCCUGAACAUGUCUAUGCCGGCCAUAUCAAGUUGCCUGUUAAACCCUACAUCCCGAAUCCACUCAGAUGUUUCAAGUGCCAACGCUUUGGCCACUCAAGAUUACAUUGCCGUGGAACCGACACUUGCGCGCGCUGCGCAGAAGAAGGCCACGAUAGCCAGCAAUGUGUCGCACCUGAAAAGUGCGUGAACUGCGGUGAUAAUCAUGCGUCUUACUCUAGAUCUUGGACGCGUUGGCAGCUGGAAAAACAAGUCGCAACAAUAAAAAUUAAAGAAAACCUAACUUAUCCUGAAGCCAGGCGUAGAGUUCAAGCUCAGACUCCUACUCCUGGUAUUACUUUUGCUUCCGUAGUUAAAAAAACGUUUUGUGCUAAUUGUUCAUGUGCAAAUUGUAUUAAACAAACUACAAAAACAAAAGAUAAUAUUAAAACCUCUCAUUCAGACACUGAAAACUCCAUCAGCAGUAACCCUGAUCCUCCCAAGGAAACUAGAGAGAAACCUAAGCGAAAAUCAAAAACAUCGUCACUCACAUUAAGAUUAGCAAAACGAGGUCUUUCUCAAAAAGAUCUCCCAUUGAAGCUAAAAGCAGCAAAGUCAAAAAAUUCUGUCGCUCUGGGGCUGGCGACGCAGGGUAUUGUCCAUAAGGACUUAUCGUCCAUCUUUGGUGGCAUGCCCAAUAGCCCCGAUAUAAAGUUGCAUCCUUCUGAGGAUGAAAAUGAUCUCGGGAUGAGUUGCGAAGAUUUGGCAACUCCAACAAAUGCGCAUUUUCUUUCCCCUUCAAAACCUCUCGCUUAA